AUGAUGUUAUCACGCCGCAUCUCACAACUCACACGGCGAGCGCAAAUCCAAAGACAAUUUUCCACGAGUUCAAGACUUCAAGUGGAUUUCACACAUGCAGUGAUUGGUGGUGGUGUUGUAGGUCUAGCCAUUGCACGGAAGCUUCAGGCACGAGACGGCACAUCGACCGUCUUGAUAGAAAAACAUGGCGCUGUAGGAACGGAAACGAGUUCGCGAAAUAGUGAGGUAAGAACUGUACUGUCUCAUUCUGUAGUUGCAGUUUCUACGCAGACUGUAUCUUGA